ACAUUGCUCUUUGAUAAGUCAGCUGGUAUGCUGAGUCACUGGACAUAUGGCUAGACGAGUAGGGGAUAUGGUGACAAUAUUAAGACGCAGGCUGGUCUGAAUACCACUAAACAUUGCCUUUGGGAUUGAGAUUUGCUUGAGGAACAAUGAACAGCUACUUUAAGAGCACAGGUCAACUCCUCCACCUGGAUGUGUGUGUGAAUGAACAGACACCACACAAUGGAGUCCUGGAGUUGCUCCGGAGAAUUCGGCCUCAAUGGAAGCAAGAGGAGAUCAAAUUGAAGGUGUUCACAGAAGGUAUCACCAACCAACUAAUGGGCUGCUUUGUGGACUCGCUCCAGGAUUCUGGGGCAGUGCUGGUGCGCGUGUACGGCAGAAGGACUGAGCUCUAUGUGGACCGGGACAGAGAGGUGGACAUGUUUAAGUUACUCCACGCCCACAACUGUGGUCCUCAAAUCUACUGCAGUUUCCAGAAUGGCAUCUGCUAUGAGUUUGUGAUAGGGACUGUGCUGGACGACAGUCUGCUUAGGACGCCUGCCAUCUACAGAUUAAUUGCAUCCGAAAUGGGGAAAAUUCACUCUAUCAAACCAGAUUGGGAUUCUCCGGUUGAACCUGUCUUGUGGAAGAGGAUGUCUCAGUUUCUACAACUGGUUCAGAACACCAAAAGCGAAGGAAGAGAGGGUUUCACAAUCCUGCAAGAUGUCCCCAGCAUUGAACAGCUUUCAAUUGAAAUUGAAUCACUGAAAAGACACCUGUCUCACAUAGACUCUCCGAUUGUACUGUGUCACAAUGAUCUGUUGACUAAAAACAUUAUCUAUGAUCACAAAACGGACGUUGUGAGAUUCAUUGACUAUGAGUAUGCAGAUUAUAACUAUCAGGCCUUUGACAUAGGAAAUCACUUCAAUGAAUUUGCUGGUGUCAAAAAUGUUGACUGCAGCCUAUAUCCCAGCUGGGAUCUACAGAAAAACUGGUUGACUUCUUACCUGGAAAGUUACAGACACAACACACGACAGAAUGUUCCAGUUACAGAGACAGAAGUUACUAAGCUCUAUAUCCAAGUCUGCAAGUUCUCAUUGGCUUCCAACUUCAUUUGGGGUCUCUGGGCAAUCUUGCAGGCCAGGUACUCUUCAAUUGACUUUGAUUUCCAAGGGUAUGCCAAGGCCCGAUUCAACUUCUACUUUGAGAAGAAGGAAGAGUACUUUCGAUUGACAUUCAAGAACUGAGUGCUGCUAUCAUAAAAGGAAAACACAUUCAAUAUAAUGGAUCAAAGUGAUUUCUUAAUUUUUUUAAAUAUGUUAUAUUCUCAGUGAUUAUCUGAUUGCAAUAAUACAAGUCAUCAAAUAUUUAUUAAUGGUAAGUCUUCCAAUAUUUGUUUUGUGAUUAACUCAUAGUUUGUAUAGGAUGUGUUAGCAGAUAAAAAAAUACAUGUUAUCAUCUUAGCCGGCAGAGACAAGGUAGUUUGUGUAAUGUUAUGUAUAGUGGUGCAGAAAAAAACCCUGUAAUGUCCACUUUAAAUUAUCUUUAAGUAUUGAAUUCAUGUGUGCAUAAUGAAUGCAAACAUGAAUUGUGCAUAAUGAUAGAAGUUUGUCUCCUUUUAUUUAAAAAGAUGACUUUUGUUGCAAAAAUAAAUACAUAAAUAAAAUGACGUUAUAUAAUAUAUGCAAUAAAUGUAUGUGAAAAUGUAAAAGAAUAUAUGAAAAAUAUACCAAAUAGGCAUGUUAAGUCCUAUAAAAUACAACAUCUGAAAUUGGAUAACCCGUUUUAUGCUCUCUAUGGUUAAAAUAGAACCUGAACUGAAUGUAAUCUGAAAAAAAAGAAUUGAGAAUAAAAUCUUGUCAUACAAUUUGAGUGGCUUUAAUAAAAGG